AUGGACUACCAGCCCUCUCCACGACGACUCUCGUCGUCAACAUGCUCUAUUGCGUCCAACUCGUCAUGGACGUCUCAUGACGAGUGCCCCCCGCUGGCGACGUCUCGUCGGUGCUCUGUCCGGUUCUUCACGUAUCAGCACGACCGCAAACCGAGCACGUCGCCGUCGUCGGCUUCGAGCCGCAGCUGUGAAGGCAUGAGCCAGAAGGAGACGCGCGAGCUAUGGCGCUGCAUGCUGCAUCUCCAGCAGAGGUACGGGUGCUAUAAUUCCACGAGGAUAGACCUGGCGGUGAAUGCGGGCGAGGCGGGAAUCGAUCUGAUGCCCAACCCUUUCAUCAUCGAUACCCUCAACGACUCCCUCAUUGAUCUUCCCCACGAGGGAUGGGAGAUGCUGGACCGCUGCCUGCGAGGCGCGAACAAGGAGCCGCAGACGAAGCCCAAGUCGCACAAGAAGCCCUGGCGCCGGACUCGAGUCGGCAUUCCCGUCCACCACACGUCAUGA